AUGGGCCACCAAGGACACCAGGCCAUGGCAGCCCACAUGCAAAAAAUAUUCUACAUCCGCGAGCUUGAUACAAAGCUCACGGCAUGGACGCAGACGUGCUUGCUAUACCCGCAUACUAGGGGUGACAGGGUCGUUCAACGACCUCAACAGUAUGCUUGGCACGCGACGCACCGAAACGAAGGCCUACAAUUCGACUUCCUAUUUAUGGGCGAAGCGUGGCGAACCAACAUCAACCGAGCGCCGGUGGCGACGCUGGACCACACAAGCUCUAUGGAAUGCUUCACAGGCUUGGAUCCGACCACAGCGCUCAUCGUUGGUAAAGUCAACUGGGAAUUACUGAUCCGAUGGAAUGACCUAAUGAGCCUCGAAGCAAGCUGGGAACAGCUCCCGGCGAUGCACCAGGAGAUCCCAUCCUUGGUGCAGUCGUUUGCCGACCAAUUGCUAAACGGCGCUAUACGCGAAGGGCCGGGCAAGACCCUAGAACGGUUGUAG